AUUGAUUUCAACCGGAAGAAAUGUCUUUUCAUCUGUGCAGGUUUAAUAUAUUCAUCGGCGUAGGCCAGGACGGCGCUAGCCUGAGUGUUUGGGGACUGAAGUAUUCCUCUUACUGUAGAGGCAUGUCGCAUUUGGACGUGGGAUUUAAAACUACAUUAAAAGGGUAGAAAAAUAUUUGCCCGUCAUUGUUGGUUUGGCGCUAUCAACCUUAUUAAUUCAGUUCAUUUUGUGAAAGCAUCUCAAGGACAAAAGACUAUUUUAUGUAUAUGUGAAUUAAGGUGUUGGUAGCGUUUAUGCUGUGAGUUUUUGGAAAAUGACACUAGCUAGGAUGAUACUGUCUUAAAUUAAUUUUAUGUAAUUGUGUAAAACAUGACAAAUUUCAAUCAUUGUUAAAAAUGAAAACUCGGCACUUAUGCGCUAAUGGUGACCUUUAAAGCUGAAUUGUGAGACCGUUUUUCAUCAAUUAUAAACCUUUUAAGCAUCUGCAGAUGAGAUCCAGUGGGCUCCACCAAUGUUCAACUAAUUUACUUUGCCAGGUUUUUGUAUGGUUUGGUCUUCAUAAAGGUGAAAUGGGUGAACGAACUAGCAGCUUAAUGUUGCCAUUGAACCCGUUUUCAUUGACUAUUAAUUAUUUUGGUUCCAUGGACAUUCAAAUUGACAGGCUGCUGCUGAAUCAUGACAUCAAGGGCAAGUUUUAUAUCACUAUUUUUUUAAAAUGUUUACAUAUGGGCGGCACUGUGAACAACUGGUAAGAGCAUCUUUAUCACAGUUCGGAGGAUCGAGGUGCAAAUCCCAGCCCCAUCUGUGUGGAAUGUGCACGUUUUCCCUGUGCCGGUGUCGAUUUUCUCCAAGCACUCCGGUUUCCUCCCACAUCCCAAAAACAUGCAUUAAUUGGAGACUAAAUUGCCCUUCAGUGUGGUAGUGCAACUGGUUGUUUUCUCUAUGUGCCCUGCAAUUGGCUGGCAACCAGUUCAGGGUGUACCCCGCCUCCUGCCCAUUGACACCUGGGAGAGGCUCCAGCACUCCCCUUGUGAGGAUCAGCAGCUCAGAUAAUGGGUGUUUGCAUUUAGCUGAUAUCUCAUAAUUUCUUGACAAAUAUCUUUUGUAAAACUGAACCUGAAAGACACAUUUUUGCUUUUUCAUAUAGUAAAACAUUUGUUACAUUCUGUAGCAAAUUACAAAACAAUGUGCAAUAUAAUUACAUUGAUGGGAAGAACAUAUCUGAUACGCCCAUAGUGUAUAUGUUGGGGAAAACACAAUUUUUAAUUUUUAGUUUAAUAUAUUUUGCACGCAAAUAAAAAAAAAUGAAGCUUUGAUGACUCUUUGUAAGAAAAGGGGGACAAAAACACUGUGCCUCAGGGGCGCGCUCAGGUCUGCAUGUCGAUCGUCGAGCAGAGAAAGCUUUGAGGUCGACGUUCGGUGGGGGGAGGGCUUUUGUCACACAAACAGGAAGAGAAGACCGCGUUAAUAUUUACCCAACUGAAUUAAAAAGACUCCUGGAGAAUAUCUCUCCUUAAUAGGGAGGUUAAAAGCGAAUUAUGUGAUUAAAAACAGGCAGGAGUGAUGAGCCUUUCUAACAUUUUUUCUUAAAAAAUGCCAGCGACUUCCCCCCACCCUCCCCACUCGCGCCCGUCAAGAAACCCGGGUCAAAGUGCACAGGAAGCUGGGGGGCUGCCAUCUUUAGCCAGUUUGCUAAUGCUAGCGUCGAAACGUUAGAUCCCGUCAAGGCGACGACGGGGAGGAGCGGUCGGUUCGGGGGGGAUUUUCUAGCUAGCUGUCCUCCGAAGCUCCUUUGCGAAUCGUAAACACCGUUCUUUUAUUUCCUCCUCCGACCCCCGCCGCUCACGACCACCGCCGGUGGAUGCAUUCGGCAUGGAGAAGCUAUCCGAGCCGUCUUGGACUUCUUCGUACACCUACCAGGUGAGCAAGCACAGCGCCGAGAUGCUACACAACCUCGACGUCCAGAGGAAAGAUGGAGGCAGGUUCUGCGACGUGAUUCUGCGCGUCGGCGAGGAGAGCUUCCCGGCGCACAAGGCGGUGCUCGCGGCGUGCAGCGAGUACUUCGAGUCGGUGUUCGGGCGUCAUCCGGACGACGGCGACGCCAGGGAGCUGGAGAUGCACACGAUCAGCCCCAAAGUUUUCAAAGACAUCUUAGACUUCGCUUACACGUCGAGGAUCGUGGUGCGGCUCGAGUGCUUCCCGGAGUUGAUGACAGCUGCCAAGUUUCUGCUGAUGCGCUCGGUCAUCGAGAUCUGCCAGGAGGUCAUCAAACAAUCCAAUGUGCAAAUCCUGGUCCCGUCCUCCCGGGGGGGAAACGCCAGCCUUUUCCAGGCCACCGGAUCCGCGGAGCUGGGCUUCUCGAUGAGCCAGCAGCAGGAUCUGGUGAGUGGGACGGCGCUGGUAGGCUUCUCGAACAAUGGACAUCAGGUGGAUGGGAGCGAAGCCGCGGCCGCGGCCGCCGUACUACUGGAGAACGCCGCCGAAGGGUCGAUGCCCAUCCUGCAGCCCGUCGACGGCCUGUCCGUGUCGCCCGAGACGACAACGUUGCACCACGACGCCGGUUCAAAGAGGGGCAGGGGGCGACCCAAGAAGGCUAGCGGCCCGGAAGAGCCCGUCCGCUUCAACCACAGCCCGCAGAAAAACAUCGUGCUCUUUCCGUGCGGCGCUUGCGGCAAAGCCUUCACGGAAGCCUCCCGCCUGAAGAACCACGAAGCCCAGCACGGAGCCGUGGUCGGAGGCCGCUCGACGCCGGGCGGCAUGGCUCUGCUGGGCCAGGAGAACGACUCGCAGUUCCACGGGGGGCUGGCGCUGGACAACGGCCGCAAGCGCGAGAGGACCCGGCGUCACGUCGGCUGUGACAUAUGCGGCAAGGUUUUCCGCGACGUGUACCACCUGAACCGACACAAGCUGUCCCACUCCGGGGAGAAGCCGUACGCGUGCAAUGUGUGCGGUCUGCGCUUCAAACGCAAAGACAGGAUGUCCUAUCAUGUGCGCUCCCACGACGGUUCCGUGGGCAAACCGUACGUGUGUCAAAGUUGCGGCAAAGGCUUUUCCAGACCAGAUCACCUGAAUGGGCAUAUCAAACAAGUCCAUACAACAGAGAGACCCCACAAGUGCCAGAUUUGUAAUGCCUCUUUUGCUACAAGAGAUCGCCUCAGGUCACACCUCGCAUGUCAUGAGGACAAAAUUCCGUGCAAAGUUUGCGGCAAGUUCCUCCGAGCGGCCUACAUGUCGGACCACCUCAAGAAACACAGCGAAGGAACACACAACUACUGUGGCAUUUGCAACAAAGGUUUCUCAACUGCCUCCUACCUUAAGGUGCACACAAAGACACACCACGGCUCCUCACUUCCACCUUCCGCCACGUUGCAUACCUUCCCUGAGCCAAGCGGGGAACUGCAGAUGCACAACGGCACACCUUACCACAUGGGACACCAGUGCUCAGUGGAAGACGGCAGUCGUCAGCUGGCGGGGGCUCGCUUUCACGGGCUUUCUGGACAUCAAGGUCUCCCGCAGCCCGGCCCUCCAGCCUUGGGCCCGCAGCCCGAGCUGCUUGUAGGGAAGACAGGCAGGUCUCCGUAUUUCUGGGAGUGUCGCUCCAGUGGGGUACCCGCUUUCCCCGUCCACGGGCCUGCCGCAGACGGACAAGAAAAUGGAGAGAAAUGCCCUCAUCUGGAGUCUGAAGAGUCAGAUCCUUCUUUCGGGGAACUUUCCAACUGUGAUGAAAUGAAGUCUCUCCACAAAUCAGACAGGUCGGAGCUGGAGAUGCCCUCGCUGGCCUGCAACGGAACCUCCGCGGGGGCCCUGGGUUCUCCGGAGGGUCCCAAAGCCAAGACGGACCCCGAGAAGAAAUUCAACUGCGGCAUCUGCGGUCAGGCUUUUCGCACCAAGUCCUACCUCAGGAAACACCAGCACAGAGUACACAAAACCCCCAGGGCCCAGGCGGGGUCCGGGUCGAGUUUGAGCGAGCUGGCCCCCUUCUCGCCUCAGCAGAGCAUGUCCCUGCUCGAGUCUUUCGGCUUCCAGAUAGUCCAGUCGGCCUUCGCCUCCUCGCUGGUGGACGCGGACGCGGGUCAAAGCGGGUUGGACUUCGGAGGGAAGUGACACGCGCGCUUGGUCUCUCGACUUUCCCCUUCGAAGGCAGGUUGGCCACCGAAGAUGCUCGGCGUUCGACGACUUCAUAACUUUGCCUCAAGACUACUUCUCUUGCUUAAUGUGUAUAUUUUUGCCAGACUGCCAUAUGAUUCCUACUUUUUCUACUUUUUUCAGAGUAUGGAACGCGCAUAAACGGUGUUGUAAUUCUUUAUAACGAAAAGACAUGAAGGCGGAGAUCGAUGUCCUUUGUACUGUAUCAUUGUUUGGAAAACCACAUUUGGUUGCUUUGGAUUUUUCUCUGAGCGUUCGUGGUUGCACGCGUUUCUGGACGUGACUGAUCCACGAACGCACCCGACCGGAAAAAAAUCUCUGCUUUGACAGCAACGGGCACCGCUUGAGUUCGUAUUUAUCUCGCCCGUUUUUCCCCACACGGGGUUGUUUAAUCAAUCGCAGAUUUCAAGAAUUUGAAUCUGUUCAAUGCGAGCGAACAUGUUUUUGUUUUUUUUCGCAUUUGCUUUAGUCACAAAAAUAAGCAAAGCACCGACAGAAGGCGAAAGUUAAAAGGCACUUUCUAUUUUGCGUUUCACAUUUGCGUUUGAAUCCGAACGUCUUUUGCUGAAACAAAUCAAAAAAAUGAGGCUGUAGAAGGUUGUUGUUAUUGUUGUUGUUUUUUUUUUAUAUUUCAUAGCUAAAACGACACAGGAUGCGAUGGUCUCGUCUCCUGGCGGCAAAAGUUCCAACCUGAAACGCGCCACGAGCCCGCUGGCAAUUCUGUUCCCCAACCACCAACGUUCCCAAAACCCUUUGUGUCCCCCACCCCUCCCCUAUUUCUGUUCAUUUACCAGGGGGUAGGGGGGGACCAAGGUCAGCUAGAUUAUCAUUAUAUAUUUUAAGAAAUGUAGAUUCUAUUUUAUUAACUUAUUUAUGCCCUGGAUUUUGGGUACCGUUUGAUUUCUUUGUGCGUGUAAAUGUGAAACUAAAUGUUUUUGUCGGAAUUGAAAGCUUUUGUAAGUUAUGUUUCGGGGGGGGGGGGGGGGGUACGAGCGCGUCGAUAUGCUCGUUUUAACGAUGCGAUCCAGCAGCAUCCGGACCAAUUCCAAACUCCAGUUUUCCGUCUUCUGUCUCUUUGUAACAUUCCUCUGGAACCGAAGCGAGAGGCAGGUCUACUGUAUUGUCGCACGGAAUCUCGCUUAAGAAUCGCGAGGGGAUAUUUGACGACACGAGCUCCCGUGCCGGCGGGAAGGAUUUACUUUUAUGACAACUCACGUUUAAAAAAAAAAAAAAAAUGUUUCUGUUUGUCUCUUUGCAUUGACCAACGCGUUUCCCACACCAAGUCAACCGUUUUAUUCCCCCCCCCCCCCAACUCGCUGCAUUUUAUUUUGAUUUGAGAGUGACCGUGUUGUUUCUGUUUUAUUUAUGGUUAUAUAAUAAAUAUUAACGAGUGUAUAUACCAUCCAUAUGCACAUUCUAGAAAUAUAUAUAAAUAUUGAACCAACCAUUGAGGUUUGUUUCCGGUGGACCUGUACAUAAACAGAUUUUAAUUUUUGUCUUUGUCUGUUGCGCUAGAAGCUUAACUUAUGUUGCGUUCCAUCUUUUGGCUGAGUGUCAAUCAACUGCGAGCGGUCACAUGAUGCUUUUGAUUUGUCGUUUUGGUGUGAAUUUUGCUUCACUCACAUCGGUACUUAAUUGUCACAGUUUUUGUUUUCAUUUCGCCCCAAAACGUUCGGCUUUCUUCUUUCGGUCUGUUGCGAAGUGCCUUCCACGUACUGAUUGUGCACAGCAGUGGAUUUAAAGGUUGUCUUUCGGCAAAUUGUACUCUCGACUCGCAUUGGAACUUCUUUUGAUUAUUUUUACAAAACACACAGAAAUUGUACAGCAUCUAAACUUGGUAUUUACUAUAUCAUCAUAGAAAACAAAACACACAAAAAAAAAAUGCUUUUAAAAUGUGCGCUACAUGUUUUGUUGUCUUUGGACAUAUUUCAGUAUAAGCCACAUACUUUUCUACAGUAUAAAUCUUUGUUUUUGUACUCUGUUAUUGAGUCUCUCUUGUUGCCAUAGAGACGAGGAUCCAAUAAACUGCAGUGGAAAAGCC